AUGUUGACAAUGGAACAUUGUCGAGAAGAUCCGCCAGAUCAGAAUCAAUUGGAGCCAAAAAGUGAGCCAGUUGAUGAGGAGACGCCACCAAUGUCAAUGGCGCCUGCACCAAUGACACCAACUCAAAAUCAACAAAUUGUUAUGCCGAGGCAAUUGAGUUUUGAGCAAAAUUGGUGAGUUUUGGGGAGAUCUCAGAGUACUGCAGAGUCCGAGGCUCCAAAAUGUUUUGGGAUUUUUGGACAUGGGAUUACUGUAGUUAAAUUUUUUUUUGAAAUAUAAAAAAGCUGCACAGUACUCCAAAAACCACGUGUUUUAGAAACUUUUGAUUUGAAGUAGCUAAUCUAAAUUUUUUCGAAGCAAAAAAAGCUGUACAGUAUGCCAAAAGCCACGUCAUAAUUUGUUACCAUAUCGCAGCUUCAUUGAAGUUAGUUUAUCUCGUAUUCAGAAAAAAUCUAGAGAAAAGUUAUGACGUGGCUAAUUAUACGGUUUUUUUGAGAUAAUCAGUACUUUAUCGGUCCUUUUAUUUUUGAUUUCAGAACAAUAUUUUCAACUUUUUCUUUAUUCAAAAAAAAUCAUCUCCCAAAUAUUUGUUUGCAGUUCGCUCGAAGAACGUUCCCGAAUCUCAUCGCUUUUCAACGAAAUCUGCAUCGAAGCCGAAGCCUUCCAUCCUCAUUCUCAACCACCAAAAACCGAAGAAAAUGGUGCGAAAAAAUUGAAAAAACGAAAAUCCGAAUUGGCUCUCGAAAUGUCAUCCGAUGAAAUCGACACAAUUCUCGGAGCCGACACAACAAAUGGCUCUUUUAAUCCAAAUAAUCCAUUCGGACCAUCUCCUUCGAAUGUCACAAAUGGAUUUGGCGAAAUUCAUUCGCCACCUGAACAAAAGGCGUCGCCACCAUUGACAAAAUAUUCACAAAAUAAUCAGGGACAAAGAAAUUCUCCACAAUCGGCUGCUUAUCAAAUGUCACCAUUCCAAAUGAAUUCACCUUUGCAUUCAGUAAGAUUUAAAUACAGCUUUUAAUUAAUUUCCAAGUAAAAUUUUUUCAGCCCAACCCUCUUUUGAUGCAUCAUCAUCACCUUCCUCAUCAUACUCGCCUUCUUCAACACCAACAAAGUGCACCAAAUUUACGACAAGGUGUUUUUGAUGAUCUACCAAUGCCUUCUCAAUUAAUGCCACUUCCUGCAACAAAACCGUUUGAUCAGACUUUGGUGGAGGAAUUUGAAAUGUGUGGUGAGUGUAUUACUAGUAUACUCAAUCUUCCGCUAAGCGGGCACGUAGAUUUCAAGUAGAACGUGUAAUAUGAAUUGUAAUCCACAGCAGAAGCCUGCCGGUUACUUUCUUUUUCCAAAUCCCCCAAAAACAUUUUUUUUCCAGUGCGUGUAAUAAUGAUGGCCGCAAACCGUGCACAAUGUCGAAAUGUUUAUCGUCAAUUAACAGCCGAAGUUUCCGAAUUGUAUUCUCGAGUGGUCAAAAAUCAAGUUCCGAAAAAAGCAGUCAAAAAAAUCGUGGCAACUCGAUCGCAUUGUACACCAAAUGAACAAUAUGAAUUGGAGAGACAGUGUAAGUUUUAUAUUGAAAUGAAUUGAGACGCGUUGCGUGUGAGCAUCGCGGUUCGAAAAAACUUGUUUUAUUUUUUAUCUACUCUACCACUUUUCUAAACUCUAACAUUUUUUCAGUCAAAUGCCUGUCGGAUGGUUUGGAGAGUCGCAGAUCAACCCAACUCUACGAAUCAAUCGUCAAUUUUCUGUACAAAAUGCGAAUUGCGAUUCCGGAUAUGUAA